UUAAUGGCUACAAUGUGCUACAUGAAGUCAAGAACAUGGUCAUAGUAAGCAUUCAUAUUGGGACCAUAGCUGAUAGGCCAUACUAUUAAUUAUAAUUAUUAACUAACCCCAUCAAAGAGGCGAGAACACAACCCCAUAAUCACGGCUUCUCAAAAUUCUCUUGACUAAAGACCUUAUUCUUUUCCUUCUCUCUAUUCCUACUUGUUUCAUCAAGUUUCUUCUCAGGCUAUUAUUUGAAGCUGUUGAUACCAUUUGAAAUUAGAAAGCUGCUUUCUGAGAAUUACACUCAGUCAUGACCUGUUUUCCUUUCUUCAGUAAGAUCUCAUCUUCAGCAAAACAAGAAUCACAUCCAGAAACUGAUGAAGAUUUAUCUGGUCUUCAACAUGUUAGACUUUACACAUACAAAGAACUAAGAAAUGCUACUAAGGAUUUUAGUCCAGCCAAUAAAAUUGGAGAGGGUGGUUUUGGUUCUGUGUAUAAGGGACAACUUAAAGAUGGAAAACUUACUGCUAUAAAAGUUCUUUCGGCGGAAUCCAGACAAGGGGUGAAGGAAUUCUUGACAGAGAUUAAUGUGAUCUCAGAAGUUGAGCAUGAAAAUUUGGUGAAGUUAUAUGGUUGUUGUGUGGAAAGAAAUAAUAGAAUAUUAGUCUACAAUUAUCUCGAGAAAAAUAGCCUCGCGCAAAGUCUUCUAGGUUCAGGUGAACACACUAGCCUUCUCUUCAAUUGGCAAACUCGAUGUAAAAUAAGCAUUGGGGUCGCGCGUGGGCUAGCAUUUCUUCAUGAGGAAGUAAGGCCUCAUAUUAUUCAUAGAGAUAUAAAAGCAAGUAAUAUUCUACUUGACCGGGAUCUUACUCCCAAGAUUUCAGAUUUCGGUCUUGCAAAGCUUAUUCCAGCAAACAUGACUCAUGUCAGCACGCGGGUAGCAGGAACACUAGGUUAUUUGGCACCGGAGUAUGCAAUAGGCGGGAAGCUGACACGAAAAGCGGACAUUUACAGUUUCGGUGUCCUCCUUGUGGAGAUAGUGAGUGGAACAUGUAACACAAAUUCAAGAUUACCUAUGGAAGAACAAUUUCUCCUAGAAAGGGCAUGGAAUCUGUACGAGCGAAACGAAUUGGUCGCACUCGUAGACAUAUCACUAAACGGAAAAUUUGACGCCGAGCAGGCCUGUAGGUUCCUCAAGAUUGGCCUUCUUUGCACUCAAGACUCCCCAAGGAUCCGGCCUUCGAUGUCUUCGGUAGUCAAGAUGCUCACCGGAGAAAUGACUGUCGACGACAGCAAGAUAACAAAACCAGCCUUAAUUACUGACAUCAUGGACCUUAAAGUUAGAAAGAAACAGGAAAUUAAUAACUCUAAUAUGAAGACAACAUCUACAUACAACACAAACACAUCUUCACAGGGUAGUGCUACUAGCACCUUGUCAUCACCUCCUUCUACUGCUGUAAUUACUUCAACCUUCACUGCAAGAUAAGAUCAAAGCAUGGUAGAGUUAUUCCUCCACACUUGCUGCUCUUCACUUCUUGUCUUGUACAAUAAAGAUUCAUUAUUCUUAGUGAAUCUCCAAUUAAGUGGGACCACAAGUUAAAAACAAAUAAAAAAAAUAAAAAAAGAAGUGGCUAAUAAGCCACCGAAAAGAGAGUGUGUUAAGGUUCUUUCAACUGUUUUUGAAAGAAAUGAAACAGUGAGAGGAGGGUUUUUAUCGUCGAAGGAGAAGAAGAAAUUUGGAGGAAAAAGACAUGUCAUUUUUUAUCGGAUUGAAUUGGUAAAUUUGUUCUAUUUUUUAUGAAAUUUUAAUAUGUUUUUUUUGGUGUAGAAAUGAAUACUAUGAUAUAACUUGUUAGUUGUAUUUUUUUUCUUUUGUCUGAUUUGAGAUACCCACUUUAUGGAGAAUUUAUGUUGAUUCUAUAAGUUUUGAGAUGUUCUAGUGCUACUAAAAAGACUAUUUGUGUACCCAUUAUUUUGAUAGUGAAAGAUUUUACUGGAUUAAAUCUCA